GGUUCGCGACCAUGCAACUCGCGCUGUACCUUGCUGCCCUGUUUACUGCAGCGGUCGCUGGGGUUGACGCGUGCGGCGAUGAUCAGGCUCAUGGCCACGAUCAUAACAGGAGAGAGUAUCCUCAGACCGUGCUUCCCGCGCCUACUAGGCCUCUUCAGUGGGGAGACGUGAACAUCAUCCAUACCACGGAUAGUCAUGGUUGGCUUUUGGGACACCAGAAGUCGACGUGGCCGGAGCCCAACUACAGCGGCGACUUCGGCGACUUUGCUUCGUUCGUGAAACACAUGAAGGAAAUUGCUGAGGAACGGGAUGUCGACCUCUUACUCGUCGAUUCCGGAGAUUUGCAUGAGGGUACCGGGCUCUCAGACGGUUAUCCCGAAGACGGCAUUGAUGGCCAUGAGUCCAACAAGUUCUUCGCUCAGCUGCCUUACGACGUUCUCGCCAUCGGAAACCACGAACUAUACUACCACAACGUCACUCUCGACAUGCACAAAAAUUUUGCUCCGAAGUUCAAUGGCAGAUACCUCUCGUCCAAUGCCAACAUCACCGUCAACGAUACGAAUGGAAAUCCCGUCAGUGUCCCGGUUGGCGACCGCUUUGCCAAGUUCAACACCACAAAAGGCCGUAGUGUCACAGCUCUUGGUGUGAUUUUCCACUUUACAGGAAAUGACGCCAAUACGACUGUCCAGGCGCCGGCGGAUAUGGUAAAAGAGCCUUGGUUUGCGGAAGCUAUCGCUGAAGAGCCUGACUUCUUUUUGCUCGUGGGCCAUAUGCCCGUCGCCAAUGACAGUUGGCCCUACGUGUUCAAUGCCAUCCGAGCCGUACAUCCAGAUACGCCCAUGAUUGUCCUUGGUGGUCACUCGCAUAUUCGUGACUGUCAGAUGUAUGAUGGUCGUACCAUGGCUCUCGAGAGUGGGAGGUACAUGGAGACAGUAGGAUGGCUGAGCAUGGAUUUAGACGAGGCAAACGACAAGAAGAACCUCACCUUCAGCCGCCGUUACCUCGAUCCGAACCGUGUCACCUACGAGUUCCACACGAGCCAAACCAACUCCACCUUUGACACUGAACACGGAGAGAGUAUCACCGCCGGCCUGCUACAUUUGGCCGAGAGGUUCGAUCUUUCGAACACGUAUGGAAUCGCUCCCAGAACGUAUACGCUGACCAGGGACGCUUACCCAUCCAACGGUUCUCUCGUGUCUCUCUAUAUCGAAGCAACACCUGCAGCUCUUGCCGUCAACAACAGCCGUGCCGAUAUUCCUCACAUCGUCAUCGCCAACUCCGGUGGUCUUCGUUUUGAUCUCUACGAAGGCCCUUUCACGAAAACCGACGCACUCUCGGACCAACCAUGGCAUAAUGGGUUUUACUAUAUUCCAAACGUCACACUCGAUGACGCUCUUCAGGUCUUGCCUGUCCUCAAUGGUGAUACCUCGUCAGCUUCGCGACGUAGAAGUGAGAGUGAGCGGAAGUGGAGGAGCGUUCAUGAAGAGUCGGUGAGGGAGAGCAUGCAGGAAAGAACGAGGAGGAGGGAGCAGGAGAGAUGGGCUCGGGGUGAUAUUACGUUGAGGUAUAAUCGGUGGUUGCAGGAUAUGGACAAGAAGGCUGGUGCGCUAAGAAGGGACACUGCGAACCUUACGUUGGGAUAUGUUACGACCGAUAACUGUCCCGGCGUCGGGGACGACAUCCCUCACUCACCACCCCCAUACUACAGCGCUCCGGACUAUGUUCAAUCCACGACACCCGACGUCGACGGUUCUACGCUCACCGAUUUCGUCUUCGUGGACUACGUCGCGAGCGAUAUCAUUGCCGCGCUGAACGACGCACAGAGCGACGUGGUGUACUCCAUCGACGAUGUCGGCGUCUACAGCGGUAUAUUGACCAAGAACGUUUUACCUAUAUACGCGCAGCUCGCAUGGAAUUAAGCGUCAUUAGAUUCUUGACGCCCGUUUAGUAGACUUAUGAUAGCAGACCCCAAUGAACUAAUCAUACAUUUAGC